UUCCGGCCGGCGCCCAUUGGCUGGAAGGGCGGCGGAGCGCGCGAGCGGAUUGGCUAGAGCGGCGGGAGGGGGCGGGCCCUUCUGGAAGGUUCUGAGAGGCUAUAUAAAGGCUGCGGGGCAGGCGCGGAGCGGUCUCAUUGAGCAGUAGCUGUUGCGGAGCUGUUUCCCGUGUGCACGUCCCGGCUUGUCGCGCCGCCCAGACAAGAUGUCGAAGGGACCAGCUGUCGGAAUUGAUCUCGGCACCACCUAUUCCUGUGUCGGCGUGUUCCAGCACGGGAAGGUGGAAAUCAUUGCCAAUGACCAGGGCAACCGGACCACCCCCAGCUACGUCGCCUUCACGGACACAGAGAGAUUGAUCGGUGAUGCUGCUAAGAACCAAGUGGCCAUGAAUCCAACCAAUACAGUUUUCGAUGCAAAACGGUUGAUCGGGCGUAGGUUUGAUGAUUCUGUUGUCCAGUCUGACAUGAAGCACUGGCCUUUCACCGUGGUGAACGAUGCUGGCAGACCGAAGGUCCAGGUGGAGUACAAAGGCGAGACAAAGAGCUUCUACCCAGAAGAAAUUUCUUCCAUGGUUUUAACCAAAAUGAAGGAAAUUGCAGAAGCGUACCUCGGGAAGACUGUUACUAAUGCUGUAGUGACUGUACCAGCCUAUUUCAAUGACUCUCAGCGUCAGGCUACAAAAGAUGCUGGAACCAUUGCUGGGCUCAAUGUUCUGCGAAUUAUCAACGAGCCAACAGCUGCUGCGAUUGCCUAUGGUCUGGACAAAAAGGUCGGUGCUGAAAGGAACGUUCUUAUUUUUGACCUUGGAGGUGGCACCUUUGAUGUGUCUAUUCUGACAAUUGAAGAUGGCAUCUUUGAGGUGAAAUCCACUGCAGGUGACACUCACUUGGGUGGAGAAGACUUCGACAACCGCAUGGUCAACCACUUCAUCGCUGAAUUCAAGCGCAAGCACAAGAAAGACAUCACUGAGAACAAGAGAGCCGUUCGUCGCCUCCGCACUGCCUGCGAGCGUGCCAAGCGCACUCUGUCCUCCAGCACGCAGGCCAGCAUUGAAAUUGAUUCUCUCUAUGAGGGGAUCGACUUCUACACCUCCAUUACCAGAGCUCGCUUUGAAGAGCUGAACGCCGACCUGUUCCGCGGCACCCUGGACCCCGUGGAGAAGGCCCUGCGGGAUGCCAAGCUUGACAAGUCGCAGAUCCACGACAUUGUGCUGGUUGGUGGGUCUACUCGUAUCCCAAAGAUCCAGAAGCUUCUGCAGGAUUUCUUCAAUGGCAAAGAGCUGAACAAGAGCAUUAAUCCUGAUGAAGCUGUGGCUUAUGGUGCAGCUGUUCAGGCUGCUAUUCUGUCUGGAGACAAGUCUGAAAACGUGCAGGAUCUGCUGCUGUUGGAUGUGACUCCCCUGUCUCUUGGUAUUGAGACUGCUGGAGGCGUCAUGACAGUCCUGAUCAAGCGGAACACCACCAUCCCCACCAAGCAGACCCAGACAUUCACCACAUACUCGGACAACCAGCCUGGUGUGCUGAUCCAGGUGUAUGAAGGAGAACGUGCUAUGACUAAGGACAACAACUUGCUGGGCAAGUUUGAGCUGACCGGUAUUCCCCCUGCGCCCAGAGGUGUACCUCAGAUUGAAGUAACCUUCGAUAUCGAUGCCAACGGCAUCCUCAAUGUGUCUGCUGUGGAUAAGAGCACUGGCAAGGAGAACAAGAUCACAAUUACAAACGACAAGGGCCGGCUGAGCAAGGAAGACAUUGAGCGGAUGGUUCAGGAAGCAGAGAAAUACAAAGCAGAAGAUGAGAAGCAGCGUGAUAAAGUGUCUUCUAAGAACUCCCUGGAGUCUUACGCAUUCAACAUGAAAGCUACUGUUGAAGAUGAGAAGCUCCAGGGCAAGAUCUCUGAUGAGGACAAGCAGAAAAUCCUGGACAAAUGCAAUGAAAUCAUCAACUGGCUGGACAAAAAUCAGACGGCUGAAAAGGAGGAGUUUGAGCACCAGCAGAAGGAGCUGGAGAAGGUGUGCAACCCCAUCAUCACCAAGCUGUACCAGAGCGCCGGAGGGAUGCCUGGUGGGAUGCCCGGCGGGAUGCCCGGCGGCUUCCCUGGUGGUGGAGCUCCUCCCUCUGGUGGCGCUUCUUCUGGACCAACCAUCGAGGAGGUGGAUUAAAGCUGGGGGCAGCGCAUUCCACUAGCAGUUGGUGUUGGAGGACCCCUAGGUGGGGGUUAGAUUGAAGGACCCAAACCUGUAGGCACAUCUGGGUAUAUUCUGCCAGAUUAAAACUCCAUAACUGAGCUGCUGUAAGGAUAAAUAAAAGAAAACAAAACAUUUUCUGGGCAUUUUAAAUACUUGAACCAUGUGCACAGGAGGGGAGAUGAAUACCAUUGCACUUUACAGUACUGUAAAAAAGUGGAAAUGCAAUUCAUGUCCUAAGGAAUAAAAACUAUUUAAUGGGCA